UUAGUCGGCUCGUGCUGUAGCUCAUUGCAGUUGAGGGACGCGUGUGGUGGCAUUUGAAAUACCGUUAGAGAUGUUGGCAUUUAUUUCUGAAACACCAAAUUUCAAUCCUCCCUCUUAUUUUAAUUUAUCCUUUUAAACAAAAGAUAGAUGAUUACUGAGCGUUGUUUCAUUUUUUCUGGGAAAUAAGUUCGUUUUUCAAAUCUCGUGUUUUGUGUUAAUUUGUCAAAGGAGAUGAUGAUUGUGGUAUGAAGGCUUUCCAUAGGAAUUCGUGUCUUCUGCAGGAAGAAGGCGGUUUUCCUAAAGUGAUGUAGGCAUAAUAAUUGAAAUCAACAUUUUGUACUAAAAUGAAUUUGGUGAUGUCUCGGUUGCAUUGCAAAUGAUCAAGAUUUAAACAGCCUCGGCUUAAAAUGGAUACUUUGAAAUAAGAUUUCUAUAUAUAGGAUGCUAGAAGUAGGAAUACGACGAUAGGCAACAACAGUGGAUUUUACAGUUUAAAAGAAACGCUUGUUUCUUUUUCGUUGAUUGAAAAUGGAGAACGAUUUUACUACGCUUCUGGAACAGUUUAUGUCUGAUCCCUUGGUAACUUGGGUGAAGACUUUCGGGGCGUUAGCUCCGGCAAAUGAAGAAGCACUUCUGGAAUAUAUGGAGUUGGUUGAUGGUAUCUUUCUCAGUAACAUCAUGGCUCAAAUCAACCCUAAAGCAGUAAAUCAAAGGCUGAACAAGCAAGUAAACAAUGAUAUGUCACUCCGAAUUCAAAAUUUAUCCAGUUUGGUGCAUCAUAUUAAAUUGUAUUAUCAGGAGACACUACAACAGCUAAUUGUGAUGUCUCUUCCAAAUGUCCUUGUCCUGGGCCGAACCCCCCUCUCAGAACAGGGUAUUGAAGAAAUGAAGAAGCUUCUGCUACUUCUACUAGGCUGUGCUGUUCAGUGUGAACGGAAAGAAGAAUUUAUCGAGAGGAUAAAAAAUCUUGAUUUUGAUACGAAGGCUGCUGUUGCAACUCACAUUCAAGAGGUGACUCACAAUCAGGAAAAUGUCUUUGAUAUGCAGUGGAUGGAAUUAUCUGACCUCUCCCGUGAGGACGUCAAUUCCUUUUUCAAAAAAAUGGCAAUUCAUCUGAAAAGGCUUGUGGAUGAAAGGGAUGAAAGAUGUGAGAUCAUUUUACAUCUCAAACAAGAACGUGACUGCAACCAAUCUCCAGUUCAUGGAAUAGCUCAGUCACCUACUGGCUCUCCAGGCAUGCAGCAUACUGAGAGCCGACAGCAUUUGUCUGUUGAACUGGCAGACACUAAAGCAAAACUCAGACGGAUCAGACAAGAAAUGGAGGAGAAGACCGAGCAACUGUUGGACUCUAAGCAGGAGCUGGAACAGAUGGAAGUUGAAUUAAAAAGACUACAACAAGAGAACCUGCAACUUCUAUCUGAUGCUCGCUCUGCUAGGGCCUAUCGUGAUGAGCUUGAUUCACUGCGUGAGAAAGCAAUUAAAGUUGAUAAGCUUGAAAGUGAAGUUAUACGAUAUAAGGAUCGACUCCAUGAUAUAGAAUUUUACAAAGCAAGAACUGAGGAGUUAAAAGAAGAUAAUAAAAUCUUGUUAGAGACAAAAAUAAUGUUGGAAGACCAACUUGAAGGAGCCCGUGCACGUUGUGACAAAUUGCAUGAAUUUGAAAAAGAGAACCUACAGUUAUUGGCUAAACUGCAUGAUAUGGAGAUGGUACGUGACACAGACAGAAAGCGCAUUGAGGAGUUAAUGGAAGAAAACUUGACCCUUGAAAUGGCUCAGAAACAGAGCAUGGAUGAAUCAUUGCACUUGGGCUGGGAACUAGAACAGUUAUCCAAGACUAAUGAAUUAUCUGAGGGGCUGCACAAGUCUCUAGGCCAGGAAGUGAAUGAAUUGACCUCUAGUCGUUUGCUUAAGAUGGAGAAAGAAAACCAGGCUCUGCUGAAAACUGUGGAUGAGCUUCGUAGUAUCAUGGAUUCUACAGAUGACAGUAACUUUAAGAUCUUGGAGCUAGAAAAGGAAAACCAGAGACUUAAAAAAAAGAUGGAGAGGCUCCAGGGAGAGAUCAGCAAUGAAAAACAAAGUAUGCAAAAUGUUGAAAGUCGCAGCAACGACCUUAUAAAAGAAAAGUCCCAGCUUGAAAAAACUAUUGAAACCAUUCGUGAAAAUACUGAGGGACAAAUCAAAGUGUUGGAGCAGGAAAAUGAACACUUGAAUCAAACCAUUGCAUCCCUGAGGCAACGUGCACAAAUCAGUGCAGAAGCUAAAAUGAAAGACAUUGAAAAAGAAAACAAAAUCCUCCAUGAAUCUAUUAAGGAGACUAGUGGUAAACUGAACAAAUUAGAGUUUGAAAAGAAACAAAUCCGAAAGGAGUUGGAACAGUAUAAAGAAAAAGGAGAAAGGGCAAAGGAGCUUGAGACUGUUUUGAGUCGUUUGGAAAGAGAAAACGAACAGUUGCAGAAGAAGAUAACUGGUCUAAUAAUUGCAUGUGAAAAAGUAGAGAUCUUGGAACAGGAGAAUUCUGAUCUAGAAGUGGAAAAUAGAAAGCUGAAAAAGACUUUGGAUAGCUUGAAAAACCUUACAGUGCAAUUAGAUAUAUUAGAGAAAGAAAACAACCAACUUGAUGAUGAAAAUUUGCAGUUACGGAGGACAGUGGAGUGUUUGAAGUCCAAUGGUGUCAAGGUGGCACAAUUAGAGCUAGAGAACAAAGAACUGGAAAAUGAGAAAGAACAGUUAAACAGGAGCCUGGACCUCUUGAAGGCUUGCAACAAGAAAACUGAACGAUUAGAGGUAAGCUAUCAAGGAUUAGAUUUAGAAAAUCAUAGGCUCCAAAAGGCUCUAGAAAAUAGUAACAAAAAGAUUAACCAGUUGGAAAAUGAACUACAAGACUUAGAAACUGAAAAUCAGAGCUUGCAAAGAAACCUGGAAGAGCUAAAAAUCUCCAGCAAACGGUUGCAACAACUAGAGAAAGAAAACAAACUGCUCGAGGAGGAUACUGUACAACUGGAGAAAGACAAGAAACAUCUUGAGAAGGAAAAUAGGAGAUUGCGCCAACAGACUGAGAUCAAGGACUCAACGCUAGAUGACAACAACAUGACAAUUUCUAAUCUCGAAAAAGAAAAUAAAUUGCUUGUCAAAGAAAUCAGCAAAUUCAAAGACCUUUAUGGACGACUGAAAGAUUUAGAAAAAGACAAUAAAGAGCUGGUUAAACAGGCAACUAUUGAUAAAAAGACUCUAGUGACAUUGCGAGAGGAGCUUGUGAAUGAGAAAUUACAUGCUCAACAAGUGAGCAAUGACUUGGAAAAAUUGACUCAUGAAUUGGAAAAGAUUGGGCUGAACAAGGAGCGCCUCCUGCAUGAUGAACAAAGCACUGAUGAUAGCAGGUAUAAGCUUUUGGAGUCCAAACUUGAAAGUACACUAAAAAAAUCUCUUGAAAUUAAAGAGGAGAAAAUUGCCAGUCUCGAAGCACGAUUAGAAGAAUCAACCAAUUUGAACCAGCAACUACGUCAGGAAUUAAAGACGGUGAAGAAAAACUAUGAAGCUCUCAAACAGAGACAAGAAGAAGAAAAAAAUGUGCAGAACUCACAAGGUAGGCCUGGUGAAGAAAUCCAGACUACAAGUAAAUGGGAGCGAGAGAACCAAGAAGUAACUCGUGAACUAUUAAAAGUUAAAGACAGACUUAUCGAGGUUGAAAGGAAUAAUGCAACUCUUCAGGCUGAGAAACAAGCCUUGAAAACCCAGCUGAAACAGCUAGAAACCCAAAAUAACAAUUUGCAAGCCCAAAUUCUUGCACUUCAGAGACAAACAGCAUCCCUACAGGAGCACAAUACCACCUUACAGACGCAGAAUGCCAAGCUGCAGGUGGAACAUUCUACACUUAGUUCCCAAAGUGCAUCCUUGAUGACUCAGAAUUCUCAGCUUCAGAACCAGCAGUUGUCUUUGGAGAAUGAGAAUGAAUCACUGAUAAAAGAAAAAGAAGAAUUGAAAUUACUGUAUGAUUCACUUAUCAAAGAUCAUGAAAAACUAGCGAAGUUGCAUGAGCACCAGGCAACAGAAUAUGAGGCUCUCAUCAACAAACAUGGAAGUCUGAAAUUUGCUCAUAAAAAUUUAGAAGUUGAACAUAAAGAUCUUGAGGACAGGUAUAAUGAGCUGUUGAAGCAAAAAGCCCAACUGGAGGAGUUGGAGACAAUUUUGAAAAAAGAACAGGAGAAGAUGCAUCAUGAGGUUGAAGAACAUGACACCAUGGUGCACGAGUACCAGAAAAUUUGUAAUGAAAAUGAGAGGUUGAACCAAAUAUACAACCACUUGUUAAAGGAGAAUGAAGAAUUGCAGUUGGACCACAAAAAUCUAAAAAGUUUACUGAAUGUUGCCAAGCUAGAUCAUACACGAUUGGAAGCUGAGUUUGCAAACCUGAAGGAACGAUACCAACAGUUGGAUAUUACUUCCACUAAACUAAACAACCAAUGUGAGCUCCUGAGUCAAUUAAAAGGGAAUCUUGAGGAAGAAAACCGACAUUUGCUAGACCAGAUCCAGACAUUAAUGCUGCACAACAAGUCAUUGUUAGAACAGAGCAUGGAAAGUAAGGAUCUAUUCCAUGUGGAGCAAAGACAGUAUAUUGAUAAACUCAAUGAACUUCGACGACAGAAGGAGAAACUAGAAGAGAAGAUUAUGGAUCAGUAUAAAUUCUACGAACCUUCACCCCCCCGAAGACGAGGGAAUUGGAUUGCAAUUAAGAUGAAAAAGUUAAUAAAACACAAAAAGGAGGGAAACCGAGAACGCAUUAAAUCUCUGACAAGCACCCCAACCAGGUCAGAAUCAAGUGAUGGAUUCCUUCAACUGCCUCAUCAAGAUAGUCAAGAUAGCUCUUCUGUGGGUUCUAACUCUCUUGAAGAUGGCCAGACAGCUAAGAAGAGUAGCAUGGCUGCACUGAAAAGGCUGCCCUUUAUGAGGAACAGACCGAAGGAUAAAGACAAAAUGAAGGCCCUCUACCGUCGCUCCAUGUCCAUGAAUGAUCUGCUCCAGUCUAUGAUCUCACCAGGAGCGCAAUGGUCAGGUAGUUCUGAAAAUUUGGAAGAACCUAAUGAGGUGACUGCUGGGCAGAGGAGAUCAGAAUUGGGGUCCAUGGCAUUUUCCACAACAGCUAUCAAUCUAGCCACAGCAGCAAGCUCUUCAGGAUUCAGAUCCAAACAGAGACUUAAGCCUAAAGGUGUUGCUUCAAAUGAAGAUUUACUAUCUCAUAGCCCUAAUUUUGACAAUUCCAGCACUGGAUCAAGAAGUCGAGCUUCCAGACCAGCCAGCCUUGAUAGUAGCAGGACAUCCAGUAGCAAUAACAAUAAUAAUGCCUCAGCUCAUGAUGUAAAAGCAGGUGCAGUUAAUGGCAGCCACAGUAGGUCCCAAAGUCACAGCAGUGGAGAAUAUGGUCCAGUUUAUGAUGAUCGGGUAUUGUUGAGCAGCAGCCUUUCAUAUAGUCAUCAUACACAAAAUGUAGAAAAAUACAAGCAAUCCCUCCAAAACAAAGAAUCUAGAUCUGAUGAUGUUCAAACUCAUUCUCAGCAAAGAAAUAAAGCCACAUCGCCUGGAAGUGAAAUAGUUACUUUACAACAGUUUCUGGAAGAGAGCAACGUAAACCAAUCCUCACAGGUACGUUCUACAGGCCAUGAAAAUUUUUUAGAAGAUGUUUUCACAAAAAUCACAGAUCUGCCUGAACUAGUUGGAACUGAGAAAUUGAACCAGGACCUUAUCAAUAAUGGUGCUACUGUCAGAUCAGCUAUUGGAAGAGAAACUGCAGCCUCUUCCACUGGGAAACUGCAAAAGCCUGAACAGUAUGUGUGGCCAAGUCUGCGAAAAUCAGACCAUACUGGUGUUACAAGCACCCCAAUGGAACCAAUCAUUUUAAACCAAGGAAAGACUGUGUCUGCCUACGAACUACCACUUGUGCCACAGCGACCAUUCCAAACAGACUCCACCACUUCUACUCUACCCCGUGCAAGUCAUGUGAUCUCUACAGCAGAGGGAUCGAAUCGAAGAACGAGCAUUCAUGAAUUCAUGUCGAGAGAUAAUAGAGCACCUGUGUCGAUAGAUUCUUCUCCAGGCAAGGUGGUAACAAGCACUCAGACUUUACCCAAUAUGGGAUCUGUGCAAGAACGCAGAAGUGCACAAGGCAAAAUUGAGGAGCAACAGAGCUCCUAGAUAUAACUGCCUAUCAUCUUGUGAUGUGGGGUAUAGUGAAAGAAAAGUGUCCUUCAAACUGUCAAUUUGAAACCUAUAGUUCAGAAGCACCAAGACUACGUAAAGAAAUAUCAUAAAGCAUUAAAUGAUGAAUCCUAUUCAAUGACCUCCCUUCAGUAAACGUAAUGAGACAGUUACUCUUCCUUGAAUCAAGGAGCACAGUUGGACUCCAAUGUUGUAAUGAAAUACUUUCAGUCGGAGUAACAAUUUUUGUGUAGUUCCACAGAUUUUUCACCAGAGGUCGUUUAAUCCCUACAAGAAAAUUGAAUACAAUCUAGAUGCCCUGAACGGUUUUACAAACUGUUUGUUCAUCUAACUGACUUUUAAGAACCAGUUAUAACGUAUUUUAGUUUCAGUUUUAAUUUUUCAUUAAAGCUUUAAAAACAAACUCUGUGGUAGUUUUAUUAUUUGCAAGACUAUGCAGAGACAGCAGCAUUGUUAUGGAGCUGCACCAUGUCCUGCAUAAAUUAGAUAUGCGGACAAAUUAUCUUAUGGUAUUUUGCACUAACUACUUUGGAUUUUCACGUACUGCAUGAUGUACUCCAGUAGCAAUAUGAUGGUUAUGUUUAAGGUUUAUAAUACCAUAAUGUUUAUUUUUGGCACAUAAUCAAAACUUAAUGUAUAUAAUGUAAGAGGCCUCUUCACAACUGAAUUGAAACACUGUAUGUUUACAUCUUUAUUGCUGUGUAUGUGCAAACUGAAUUUUUGUAACAGCCUCUUUAAGUUAACUACAAGAUAGUGCACACACUUUAUGCUAUCUUUUUGACCGCUGACAAGGAUUCUAUGUCAUGCUGAAUUUCUGACGAUAACAUCUGAUGCAUUGCAUAGAUAGUCACUUAACAGUGUUAAUUUUAGGAAAAGUGGCUUGCUUUUUUCAGUUUUAAUAUUUGAUGUAGAUUUGUUUGUUUUAUAAUCUUAAAUCAUUGGUAAAUUUUGUUACUCAAUUUUGUAUGCAUUACUGACUAGAAAAUAACCAUGUACAAAUUGAAUAUUUACAUACUGAAUUGAGAGCUGCAGCAGUAAUACGUUCACAAGGAUAGUUACAAUCAAUAUUUGUUUUAUUAUAUUGCUAUAUUUAGAUUUUGUUUAAAAAAAACUCAUGUUUUUGACAGAUUGUAAUUUGGUUAGCAGGCAGGAGUUUUUCUUUUAUAUCCUGUAAUCAGUUGACAUAUUCAAAAGUAUUUUAAAAUAUCUGUGCAGGGUCUUCAUGCACUGAUUUUAGUUUUAUUUUAAGUCCUUAGUGUUUAGUAUUUUUAAUGUUAUUUUUGUACAAAAUGUGCCCUCAUAAGAGUAUCCUAAAUUGUUUAUCUUGUGGAUGAUUUGAAUUUAACAGUAUUUAAGAAUGUCAUUUUCACGAUUUCAUUUACAUUACUCGAUCACAAAUGACCAUUUAUAGAUACUGUGAUGAAAAGAUGAUGGCUGUGUCAUGGGUUUUUUAAAUAACAUCAUAGCAUGCUAAUGUAAUGAGUCAAAGGUACUGGGACAGUGCCAUUGCUUUUUGAUAUCCAGAUUAGAUUUUCAUCUCAAGUGUGAAGUAAGUAAACUCAUAACAUUGGUUUAUUUAUGUACAGCUUAAUAAAACAAGUAUUAACUGCUGUUUGCUAACUUUCUAAAA